AUGUUCGUUGGCCGAUGGGUCUACAGCAAGGGGAGUAGCAUUGAUAGUCUUAUUCAUUCUGAAUUAAUACGGAAACGAAGUGAAGGGGAGGAGGGUGUCACAUCCACCUCUUUUGGCUGUGUGUUGUUUCUUAAAGAUGAUAUUGUAGAAUGUCUACAAGAAGAAAAGCCAACAUGUUGCCUCCCGUGCACUGAGGGAGAUCUUCUUGACGCUGUAGUGCAAUGGGCACGUGGUGGUAAGGCUUCACUGAGUGAAAAUUCUUUGCCUCACACAUAUCAGGGGCGUUCUUCUUUUCCCUCCACCACUUCAGGGCCAUGGACGGUAAUCGAGCGCUGUAUUGGAGAUCCCUGUAGUUUUGGUGUAAUUGCUGGGUUUGUUUUUCGACACGCCUUGAGUUUAGAUAAUGGUGAUAAUGGUACUGGAGAAAAUAUCAAUGGUAACCCUCAGCAAUAUAGUUGUGGAGGUGGUUUUUUGUGGGAGUGGUGUGAAUUGAUAAACUGCGCCAGCAUCUCUCAGCUCUCACUUUAUAUGGACUCGGUAAUAGUGGCCAAGAACGGGGAAGUUGCGUGA